AUGAAGUCCGCACUUGCCUUCGCCCUGCCUGGUUGCGUCUACUUGGCGGCGCAGCAGGUGGUAGCUCAGGAUAUAAUUUCAGAAGAUACAGCUUUCUAUGGCCACUCACCUCCGGUUUACCCCUCUCCCAACGGGGCCGGAGUUGGCAACUGGAAGGAUGCGUAUGCCAAGGCUGUUGAUUUCGUAUCUCAGUUGACCUUGGAGGAGAAGGUCAACCUCACUGGCGGCUUCAGCGGCGACAAUAUUUGCUCCGGCAACAUAUACCCCAUUCCGCGCCUCAACUUCCCAGGUCUAUGCUUGAGUGAUGGACCGAGCGGUCUCAGAUCGACCAACUUUGUGUCCAGCUGGCCCGCUGGAUUCUCGGUCGGUGCCAGCUGGAACCGUAAUCUCACCCACCAAAGAGGCGUUGGAAUGGCCGCGGAGUUCAAAGCUAAAGGAGUCCAGGUUGUUCUAGGGCCAGUAGUGGGACCACUGGGUCGAGUCGCAACUGGCGGUAGAAACUGGGAAGGCUAUAGCAAUGAUCCCUACCUUGCUGGUGUACUGGCGUACGAUACCGUCCAAGGCAUGCAGUCAGUCGGCGUGACAGCAAGUACGAAGCAUUUUAUCGCCAAUGAACAGGAGACAAAUCGCAACCCUAACAGCAGUAACGGUAUUAGUGCCGUUUCCUCCAACAUUGACGACAAGACGAUGCACGAGCUAUACUUGUGGCCAUUCCAGGAUGCUGUCAAAGCUGGAACCGGAUCGAUCAUGUGCUCGUAUAAUCGUAUAAACAACUCUUACGGCUGUGCCAACAGCAAAACACAGAAUGGGCUUCUCAAGACGGAGUUAGGAUUCCAGGGGUUUGUUGUCUCUGACUGGGGUGCUCAACAUGCUGGUGUUGCGACAGCCCUUGCAGGUCUUGACAUGGUCAUGCCCAGUGCCUCGCCUUUUUGGGGAGAUAAUCUAACCGAAGCGGUCAAUAACGGAUCUGUCCCGGAGUCUAGAGUCGAUGACAUGGCGACAAGGGUUAUCGCAUCGUGGUUCCAGUUUAAGCAGGAUACCGACUUCCCACCCACUGGUGCUGGCAUGCCGUCCAAUCUGGCUGCACCUCAUCAGCGAGUUAUCGGUACGAAUCCUAGCAACAAGAAUAUUCUACUACAAGGUGCCAUAGAAGGCCAUGUUCUUCUCAAGAACGCCAACAAUGCAUUGCCAUUGGAAUCCCCAAAACUCAUCUCCCUAUUUGGGUACUCUGCCAAAGGCUUUGACCGAUAUACACAGGGUGUCCCUGGCUGGAAUGCAGGCUCAGAGUCUGUCUCUCCUGUCGAGGCCGCUUUCACCUAUACUGGUCCCCGCUCACAGAUAGCCCCUAACGGAACGCUUUUGACAGGCGGCGGAUCCGGCGCGAACCAGCCGGCAUACUUGAGCUCGAGCUUCGAAGCCUUGAGCCAGCGCGCCUACGAUGACGAUACUCACCUCUGGUGGGACUUCCACUUUGGAAAUGAUUCGGCCGUUGAUCAGUCGUCUGAUGCUUGCAUCGUCGAUGUCAACGCCUAUGCUACUGAAGGCGCAGAUCGCCCAGGACUGCGCGAUGAUUUCACGGAUGACCUUAUCUUGAAGGUCGCAAGACAGUGCAAUAACACGGUCGUUGUUUUCCACAAUGCAGGGGUACGUCUGGUGGACCAGUUCAUCGAUCACCCGAAUAUCACAGCUCUGGUAUUUGCCCACGUCCCGGGCCAGGACUCUGGUAGGGCGCUAGUCUCACUCUUGUAUGGAGAUUCGAACCCGUCUGGAAAGCUGCCUUACUCUGUCCCUUGCAAUGAGAGCGACUUCGGAGUCCUUGCAGAUGCGUCAUUGCCAGAGGGGAUUUAUUCCAAGUUUCCUCAGUCUGACUUUUCGGAAGGCGUUUACAUUGACUACCGUGAUUUUGAUCGGCAGAAUAUCACCCCACGAUAUGAGUUCGGCUUCGGCCUGAGUUACACUACCUUCAGCUUCUCAAAUAUCCAGUCAUCCAUCGUGGAAGGCGCAGAGACAACAGCUUAUCCAUCCGGCCCUGUUGUCGAGGGCGGCCGAGCUGAUCUCUGGGAUAACGUCGCACAAGUAUCUGCCACUAUCACCAACACCGGCUCCGUCGAAGGCGCUGAGGUGGCACAGCUUUAUGUCGGCAUACCAACUGGACCCGUCCGACAGCUGAGAGGGUUUGAAAAGAUCACAUUGUCUCCCGGCCAGUCCGCCACUGUCGACUUUGACUUGACGCGCCGCGACUUGAGUAUCUGGGACACGACUUCCCAGGAAUGGCUUCUUCAAAAGGGACAAUACAGUAUUUAUGUCGGCUCGAGUAGCAGAGAUCUUCCACUGACUUCAAGUUUGGCUAUUUGA